GGCCAUUAAAAUCAUUGUCCUUUGCUGGGCAUUAAGACAAUAUAGAGAAACAUCCUCUUUCAGGCAGAUUUGCAACAUCUCCAAUGGUUUAAAACUUCUUCAUUAUUGCACUGAUUGAGGAAAUUGGUUUUUAUGGUUUUAAGUAUUUCCUUACAGAAACUUUCUACUUUGUGUAGCUCAACAAUCUUUUGCUGCACAUCAAAACUAUAGUAGCCUGUGUGGUUUUAUCCAUUGUGGUGAAUGAUAAAGGGGAUUUGGAGUUAGUGUUACUUAAUAUUUAUUCUCCUGUGCAACAGGAAGUCAUGACUGGACAACAUCAUGUUAACAUUAUAAUAUUUGUUUUAUUAUUUGUUAUAAAAUUAUUGACAUAACUAAAACAUGUUUCUGCAUUUUUGGCAACCGAGAAAGCAUUUUUACAGUGUGUUUAUAGUAUUAUUUCCAGAGCAUGUGUACAUAAUGCAUGACGAAAAGGGGAGGUGACAGUAGGAUCUAAAAGGAUCAGGCUCGCUCAGUCAGAAACUCUUAUUGGAGCUGUGAUGAUGUUCUGCAGAACGACCUGGGCCAGGCUCGCACCUCUGACACGCAAAACACUCUCUCAUUUAUCCAAAAAGGCUGUCCCAAAACGACAGAUGUCCUUUGGGCUGCCUGUAUCAGGUACAAACAUCGCCUUUAUGGUACUUGGUGGAGGCUCAGUGACUGCUGCUCUUAUUUAUGCUUAUAAAACUAUAAACUCUGACAGUGCAAGGUAUAAUGACAGAAUCGCACAAUUUGAAGCCAAAACUAAAAGAGCAGAGGUUGCAGUUACAGCAGCAGAAGUAGUUGCAGAAACUGCAGCAGUUGAACUCACCGCUGUUGAUGCUGCAGCAGAAGAACUGAUAUCUGGGGUGCUUGCUGCUGCAGGUUCUCCUGCAGAACAUUCGGCUGCUGCGCCAGUGGAGGUUGAGGUAGCUGUGGCAACACCUACUGUUGCAGAGGCAGGGACACCUGUUGCAGAGGAACCUACUACACCCGUUGCUGAGGAUGUUGCUGCUGAUGCUGCCUCUCCAGUUGCCGUGACGAUGGGUGAAACAUCUUCUGUUGAGGAAGCUGCCUGA